AUGGAGAAACCGUGGAAAUGUGAGGACUGUGGGAAGGGAUUCAAAAUCCCAUCUGAACUGGAGAUACAUCGGCGUAGUCAUACGGGUGAGAGACCGUUCAGUUGUUCUGUGUGUGCAAAGGGAUUCGCUCAGUUAGCUGUCUUGCUGAGACACCAGCGCAUUCACACUGGAGUGAGACCAUUCACCUGCUCUGAGUGUGGGAAAGGAUUCACUCAGCAAACCCACCUUGCUUCACACCAACGUGUCCACUCUGAUGAGAAGCCUUUCAAAUGCCUAGCAUGUGGGAAGUGUUACAAAAGUUCCCAGCAACUACUGCGCCAUCAACCUGUUCACACUGAUGAGAGACCCUUCAAGUGCUCCGAGUGUGGAAUGGGAUUCACUCACUCAUCCCACCUGCUAAUACAUCAGCGAGUUCACACGGGUGAGAGACCCUUUAAAUGCCCAGAUUGUGAGAAGUGUUAUAAAAGUUCUGGGGAACUGAUGUCCCAUCAACGUGUCCACACUGAUGAGAGACCGUUCAGAUGCUCUCACUGUGGUUCUGGGUUCAGGCGAUCAUCUCACCUCACUAAACACCAGCUAGUUCAUACUGGGGAGAAGCCUUUCAUCUGCUCGGAAUGUGGGAAGAGAUUCACUCAGUCAUCCAACCUGCAGAGUCACCAACGUGUUCACUCUGAUCUGAGACCUUUUAAGUGCUGUGACUGUGAGGAGAGCUUUAAAAGCAGCAGUGAUCUGCUCAAACACCAGCAAAUUCACACAGCGUAG